CCAGAACCAGAACCAGAACCAGAACCAGAACCAGAACCAGACCCAGUGAGCCAGCGAGCCAGCGAGCCAGCCCAGCACCAGGUCAGGGACGCGAAGGCGGUGAAGCAGCAGAAUCCCCACCACCCACCUAGGUACCGUACCAUACCUAGGUACCGAAGACUCUCUCUGGUCGCCUUCAAGCACCGCCGUACCUUACAAUACUUACCUUCACUCUCUUCGAAAACUUCAAAGCCUUCGUGGAGAGGACGGUGGACGACUUGCAAAUACCGGGCGCUCUCUUUGCUGUGCAUUAACUGGUCGUGGCCUGCAGUCGCUGGGACUGAUCGAUCGAUCGUUCGUUCGUUCGCUCGCUCGUUUGAUUAAUCUAUUCUGCCCCGCGACUCUCUCUUCCUGUUCUUCCCUUUCCGUUCCUCACCUUUGCUCGAUCGACCGAGGGGUCGAUCUUCCACGCCGCUUUCACCCUACCACCACUUCAACUCAGUCUUCCGCAUUUCUCGAGGUGGCGAUUUUACCGAGGCUACAAUUGCUUCGCGUUGACCUUGCACAUUCUCAAUUGCACCGUGUUGCACUCGAAUGUGCCAUGAGCUGUCUACAACCUCUUCACGAAACGGAAAACUGAUGCGGGACGGAGGAAUUGGGCGUAUAAUCAGCAUUAAUAAUGGCGAGCGAGGAAGUUGAACUGAGUUUAUUCUCAGGAAUUAGUGAAGAUGGCCCUCCCUCCUCAACGAAGCUUCUGGAUCUGCUUCACUUCUACUAUGCGUGGAUUUUGUUUGCGGUCUUCCUAGUUGCAUUCGUUACAAACACCUUCCUCACCGCUGAACCCUCAGCAGAAGCCAAUGGUCCAGUCCGACUGGGUCCUGGCGGAAAACCUCUUCCACCUACUUCUGCUCGAAAGAACAAGAAGGCACUUGAGAAGAAGAAGAAGGACAAGGAGUUCAGUCAGAGAAAGAAGUGGCUGUUUUUUUACCUUUCUGCUGCACUUCUUUUGACAUUUCUGGCCAACGGUGUCGAAAUCAUUGCUCAUUCCCUUACCAAGAGCGAAAAUGGUUGGUGGUGCGGCGAAGCUACAGCUAUAUACGUUUGUGCAUCGGCAUUCUUCUACAGCGUCUUUCUUAUUUCCUUGGUCGACACAACUCCGUCACCCAACAUCUCUCACCAAAUUAUAUGGGGUCUUUCAGUCAUCCUCGAGGUCAUACUGCUUGGAGAAACCCUGGCACUCUACACUUCUCCACACAAGGAAAUCAAUUCUGUUCGAAAAGACAUUGGGGGAAAGGUCUAUCGGACACCUACAAACUGGGAGCUAGUUGAAUUGGUAAUCGACGUUGCACGGGUCAUUGUUCUUUUGUCUCUAUUUGGAUUCUACGCCAUCUUUUCAGUUGAACGGUUCCGCCUUGCUCGCAGUGCUUUUGAAGGCAGUUUUGAUGAGCGAGCACCUCUCCUUACCAACGGCCACGCAAACUCAAACCUCCCUGUGUCUGCAAACGGAUCUAUUGCCAAUGGAAUUCCAGCUGGUCCCGAAAACGGUUCGAUAGAGGGGGAUCCAACCCCAUCACGGAAGAACCUGGAGGAGAAUGAAAAUCCUGCUUUCUAUAAGCCAACCACCGCUCCAGACAGGACUUGGUGGGAAUAUAUCCGAGGAUACUCCCUAUUCUUCCCAUAUUUGUGGCCCAGCAACUCUACGAGGCUUCAAGUCGUUGUCCUAUGCUGCUUCAUUCUAGUUGUACUACAACGGGUCGUCAACAUGUAUGUGCCCGUUCAGCUUGGGCACCUGACCAACCAAUUGGCAAACAGAAAGGAACAUUCCGGCAUGCCUUGGCUUUCCAUAUCUAUCCUUAUUGGGCUGAAGUUCUUGCAAGGCACAUCUGGUAUUCUGGGAGCCAUCAGAUCAGUACUUUGGAUUCCAAUUUCGCAGUACUCCUACAAGGCCUUAACUACAGCUUCAUUCGAGCAUGUACACAGCCUCAGCCUCGACUUCCACCUGGGAAAACGAACGGGAGAGGUCCUUUCUGCUUUGAGCAAGGGAACUGCAAUCAACAACUUCUUGGAGCAAAUCACCUUCUCGGUCCUUCCCAUGGUGUUCGAUCUAGGAGUUGCCAUUGUUUACUUUGCUAUCUAUUACGAUGCAUACCAUGCUCUUGUGGUUGGCAUCAUCACAUUUGCCUACCUAUAUCUGACGGUCCGCAUGGCCCAAUGGCGAUCCAAACAGCGACGACAGAUGACGAAUCUCAGUAGAGAAGAAGAAGCUGUCAAGAAUGACUCGCUUACUUCAUAUGAGACUGUGAAGUAUUUUAACGCUGAAGCUUACGAGUUCAACCGAUAUCGUAGCGCUGUCCAGGCAUUCCAAAAUAUGGAAUACCAGGUCACGAUAUCCUUGAAUAUCCUCAAUAUCUCCCAGAACAUGGUAUUCAUGACUGGGCUUCUCAUCACGUCUUUUAUAUCUGCGUACCAAGUCACAACAGGGACUCGCAAAGCCGGAGACUUCGUCACUUUAUUGACCUAUAUGGCUCAACUCCAACAGCCGCUCAACUUCUUUGGCUCCUUUUAUCGGAGCGUUCAAAACGCGAUGAUAAGCGGCGAGAGACUACUCGAGUUAUUCAAAGAACAACCAACUGUUGUUGAUGAUUUCGGCGCAAAAGAAAUGCCAUCCUGUGAAGGUCAAAUCAGCUUUCAGAAUGUGAAAUUUUCCUAUGACGAGCGCAAGCCUGCACUGGAAAAUCUCACCUUCACUUGUCGUCCAGGUACAACGACUGCUUUUGUUGGAGAGUCAGGCGGAGGAAAAUCGACAGUAUUCCGACUACUUUUCCGUUUUUACAACACUCAAGAUGGCAGCAUCCAAGUUGAUAGCAACGAUGUAAGAGAUAUCACCAUCGACUCUCUAAGGCGUCACAUUGGUGUGGUUCCCCAGGACACCGUUCUGUUCAACGAGACGCUCAUGUACAACUUAAAGUAUGCAAACCAGGAUGCCACCGAUGAAGACGUGUACGCUGCGUGCCGAGCUGCCUCCAUCCAUGACAAGAUCAUGGCAUUUCCUGACAAAUACAAUACUAAAGUCGGCGAACGCGGUCUCCGUUUAAGUGGCGGCGAGAAGCAACGUGUGGCCAUUGCUAGAACAAUUAUCAAGGAUCCCCGCAUCAUCAUGUUGGACGAAGCAACUGCAGCACUGGACUCCGAGACCGAGCAAAACAUUCAACAUGCUCUGACAACUUUGUCCAAGGGCAGAACUAUGCUCGUUAUUGCGUAAGUCACCUUGACGGUAGUAUCCAGGUCCAUAAGCUAAACUCUAUCUAGUCACCGUUUGUCCACUAUCACCAGCGCGGAUCAAAUCCUUGUACUACAUGCCGGACAGGUUAUUGAAUCUGGAAACCACCAUGAACUUCUUGCUAAGAAAGGUCGCUAUGCCAGCAUGUGGAAGAAACAGAGCAAAGCCGAUAAGGCUGCCGAGCAAGCUGCUCAUGCGGUCGCCAAAGCCAAAGCUCUUCAAGAAGCUGUCACAACUCGUCCUGGUAGCUCGGGCAACGAAGGCAGCCCAAGCGAGGACGUCAGUGAGAACGAGGGUGACAAUCGAAGCAGUGCUACACUUGUUGGUAUUGCAUCCAAGUCUAUGAUGCGCGGUGCCAAGAAUUAUGGAGAUGAUAGUUCUUCAAGUGACGACUCCAAUUACGGGGACGUCAGUACGCAUGGAAAGAAUGACGGCGACGAUAAGUCGACUGACGGGAGGGUGGGCGAGGAGGCUUUGGCUGAGGCCGACAACGUCGAUGCUCGGGACGAAGCCCAAGCAGAACAGGAGCGCCCCCGAGAAGGAGAACCGGCCAACAAGCCCACGAUCUCUUAAAUUUCGCUUUCAGCCCGAUCCUUUUUCCUACGAAAAUUUCGGUGAAUUUCGAUACCCAAACCGCCACAGCACGUUAUCAUGAAAUCGAAACUCAACGACAUUCAUGGUCAUUUGUGGCACGAUACGGCGCAGCUUUGCUCAUUUCUCAUUUUCCUUUCUCCCUUAGAUGAUUCCGCAGACAACCAAACACUGGGUUGCCAAUAAUUGAACGACAGAAAAGAUUCUCAUGGCUUUACGAAAGUGGCAUAAAACGGUGCAUGAUCGGUGGUUCAGCGUUGCUUUUUUAGUUUCCUUUUUCACAUUCCGCUCUGCUUAUGGUUCACAAGGGAUAGAGGAUGGAGCACAUGGGUCUUUACUUUUAUUCUUGCACUUUAAUCCCACCCUCUUUUCUACUUUCUCUGUAAUUACAAAAAGAAAGGCUGGCGCGCUGGUGGAUGGAUGGCUGGGACGGGGUGGUCUGCUCUGGCCCGCGCUGGGUUAAUCGGCUGUCUAUCAAGGCGUACUUAGAGCCUGGUCGAUUGGUUUAUGAAUGCAAUAUGGGUGGGUGGCUGGAUUGCUGAUUUGAACUCUGGACAGAUGUCUGGAUGAAUGGCUGGGCGGCUUGGGAUUGAUCAAUGGAGUGUGCAAUGGAUGGAUGGAUGAUUCGAAAGGUCGGAUGAAUGCCUGCCUCUCUUUAGAUAGUCUGAUGCAAAUCAACUUCUGAUCCUCUCGUUUUGAUCUGCCCCGAUCAUGUGCAACAUCUCAAUGACCUUCCUUGGAAAUUCUCAUGUCCCAACCACGCCCCUCGCUCACAUCUCUCGCAGGCGAAUUCAACAACUCUGGAGAAUGAGAACAGCAAUACAUGAUUGAUACCUGGCCUGACAUUGUCACCCAUGUUCCUUCUUCUUUGGGAAAUACAUGACUAGGUAAUGGAAGAAUAGUCCAAACCUUUGGCUCUGCUUUUUCAAACUGCAGGCAUAAAAGCCUAAGCCUAGAACAAAGCUCGGGAUAGAGAUCCAGGCAUCUCUCAGAGUCAAGAACAGACAAGUAUGAGAAAAUUUCUGCUAAUCAAGGUUCCGUGACAGGGGGCUAAAUCAGCGUGAUCGAGUCAGUCAGGGUGGCUUGGGUGGGUAUCAAGUGCAUGAAUACGCUACUCCAUUCAAUCAAUCACUGUAGGUGGUGUUUUGCUGUUGAGCGUGGUCUAGGGGGGAAAGAGACAAUAGAAUGACUCUGUUUCGGGAUCUGGUGAGAGAUGAUACAUAGAUGUGUUCAGUCAAUCUAUGUAAGCAUCGGGUUUGCAAUCAUAUAGAACACUCAAG